GUCGGUCGGUUAGUUACCGGUUACCACUUGUAUAAAACCCAUCAAGUAUCAGCGGUUACCAAGUGGAGACCGAAGACAACAUGACUAUCAAAUCUGAAUCUAUCAUCCUAAUCCUCACCCUUCUGCUCCCACUAGUCCUCUCCGACGUCUCCGCUGAUGUCGGCGGCCGGAAGGCUACGAUGGUGGGCGGAUGGCGGCAGAUCAAGGACCUGAACGCGCCGGAGGUGCAAGAGGCGGCGCAAUUCGCAGUCACGGAGUACAACAAGGAGGCCGGUACUCAUCUGGACUACCAAAGCGUGGUUAGCGGCGAGACCCAAGUUGUUGCCGGCACUAAUUACCGGCUCGUGAUCGCGGCAAAAGACGGCACCGUUUCAGGAAAUUACGAGGCAGUUGUUUGGGUCAAGCCUUGGGCGCGCUACAGGAAUCUCACCUCCUUUAGAAAGUUUUCAGGGUGACAUACUGUGUUGUUGGGGGGAUCGAAACUAGGGGUAAACAUCGUGUCAUAUCAUGUUUUGUUUAUGUGGAGUUUAUGUCAAAAUACGUACAUGGUAACAUAAACGUGUCAAAUAUCUGGAUGCUAAAUUGAUUUGUUUUUAAACAGUGUCGUGUUUCGGUUGAAUGGGGCUAAAAUUGUAAAUUGCAAGUAAAUAAAUAAUGGUUUAAGGGA